AACCUGUUGAACGGAACCUUUCCUACGGAAAACGGUUUGCUUCGGACGCUUGAAGCACUGGACUUGCAUUUAAACGAAUUUGUCGGAGGUCAGAUCGCUACGGAACUCUGUGGCUUGACAUCGCUUGAGUACUUGAGUGCGGGCUACACAGGACUCAGCGGAGCUAUUCCACCUUGUAUCGGCCAGCUGUCGAAUCUUGAGGUUUUGUUUUUGUCCAACACUCUCCUCGAAGGUGAAGUUCCACAAGAGCUAUCUCAAUUAUCACUCCUGGAGAAAAUAUUUCUUGAUGACAACAAGCUUCGUGGUAACGUUUCGACGAUGUUCAACAAUAUGCUAAAUAUCGUGGAUAUCUUUUUGGAGGACAACGAGUUCACGGGAGAAAUUGGUGCUGAAUUCAUCGCCGGAGGAACUGGCCUUACGCGCCUUGACUUAUCCAACAACAACAUAACGGGAGAGAUUCCAACGCACUUUUUCGAGUACGCGAACUUGACGGUGCUUGACCUACAUGGCAACGACAUCACGGGCUCUCUUCCUGAGCCGAUUCCUACAAACGAAAAGCUGGAGAUUUUGGCACUGCAUCAAAAUAUUCUGUCGGGAUCUAUUCCGCCGUCAAUCUCAAAUCUUAGGGUCUUGCUUCAUUUAGACUUGGCAAGCAACGUGAUAAAUGGUGAGAUUCCUUCAGAGCUUGGAAUGAUCACCUCGUUGCGAUACUUGUUUCUGGCAGACAAUCGUAAUCUUGUGAAUGGACCCAUUCCGCAAACAUUUGCAAAUCUCACGAAUCUCGAAGAGCUUUCCUUAAAGUCGACUCGACGUACUGGCGAACUUCCAGAUUUCAUCAGUGAGUUUGAAAAUCUUCUUCUGCUGGAUUUAGACGACAAUGACUUUUCGGGUCAGCUUCCCUCGAAUUACAGCAUGUUAGACAAGUUGCAAUUCUUUUUAGUAAAUCGCAAUUCGAGGUUGUCCGGAUUUAUUCCGAGCGAGUACGACAAUUUAUCGAGUUUACGCUCAGUGUUCUUGGAUACAACAAAUUUGACUGGUGAUUUCGAGCCU